AUGUAUGUUAUCCACAAGUCUCGCCGGACUCGCGCAACUGGCUUCGACGUGGAUGGUGACGAAGUACACUACCCAACCCGACCGGUCGACAAAGACAAGGCCGAGCAAGAGCUUGUGGUCAACAUCAAGAAAGCUACAAGUGCUGAUGAGAGUGCCCCCAAACAGAAACAUGUCCGGAAAUGUAUUGUUUAUACAUGGGAUUACCACAGCUCGAUAUCAUUUUGGAGCGGCCUACGAGUACAACCUAUCCUCUCAGAUGAAGUUCAGACCUUCAAGGCCCUCAUAACGGUCCACAAGGUUCUACAAGAAGGGCACCCUGUGACGAUCAAGGAAGCUCAUGGUCAAACUAGUUGGCUUGAAACUUGUGCACGAACAGUUGGAACUGAUGGCGGUCGAGGUUAUGGCUCGUUAAUUAGAACAUAUGUCCAGUUCAUAUUGGCUAAACUUCGAUUCCACCGUCUGCGACCAGAGUUCAAUGGUUUAUUCGAGUACGAGGAAUAUAUAUCGCUCAAGGGUAUCGAUGAUCCCAACGAAGGCUACGAAACCAUUUCAGAUCUUAUGAGCCUGCAAGACCAAAUUGAAUCUUUCCAAAGGAUGGUAUUUGCUCACUUCAGGCAUUCGGCCAACAACGAAUGUCGCAUAUCUGCGUUGGUCCCACUGGUAAAGGAGAGCUGGGGCAUAUACAGAUUCAUUACCAGCAUGUUGCGCGCUAUGCAUAGAAGGACAAACUCUAUCGAUGCGUUGGAGCCUUUACGAGAACGUUACACUGCGCAACACUACAGCCUCAGGAAGUUUUACUACGAAUGCUCUAAUCUUAAAUAUCUGACUGGUCUAAUUAACGUACCAAAAUUGGGCCAAGAUCCUCCAAACUUGAUGGACAACGGAGAUGCACCAGAUCUGCCAGCUCGCCCUAAAACAGCUGUUCGAUCCCCUUCACCUCCUCCCGCCGCUCCUUCGCCAGAUGCUGCCGCCGUUAACGAGCAAGCACGUAUGUUAAAACAAUAUGAAGAGCAACAAGCUGCCUUACAAGCCCAAAGAGAUGCCGAGGAGCGGCGACGACUAGAAUUGGAAGCAGCGCAACAACGUGAAUUUGAGCUGCGGCAGCAACAGCAGGCAGAGCAGCAACGAUUGGCUCAAGAACAGCUUAUGCACGCGCAGAUGGCACAGUAUAACAACCAAGCCGCUCAGCAAGCUAGUGAACUAGAAAGAGAAAUGCUUGCCAUGAGAGGGCAGUAUGAACGUGACCAACUGUUGUUGGAGCAAUACGAUCGAAGAGUCAAAGCUUUGGAAGGCGAGUUGGGUGGAGUAACCGUAACUGUCAACGCCCAGCUGGCAUCCAAGGACGACCUGAUAAAACAGCUUCAAGAUCAAGUUACACUGUGGAGAAAUAAGUACGAGGCAUUGGCGAAACUCUACAGUCAACUACGUACAGAACAUUUGGAUAUGCUUUCAAAAUUCAAACAAAUGCAGCUCAAGGCUAGUUCAGCGCAGGAAGCCGUGGACCGUAUGGAACGCAUGGAGCGUGAUUUGAAGGCCAAGAACCUUGAACUCGCAGACAUGAUCCGUGAGCGUGAUAGGGCCCGAUUCGACGUAGACCGUCAAAAAGCGACACACAAGGACGAUAUAGAUAGACUCCGUCGUGAACUGAGCUUUGCGAACGAACGUGCUGAAGAUGCUUCCCGGUCAAAGAGCUCCGAAGUAUCUGGUGUUAUGGGCAAGUACAACCGUCAGCUAUCUGAACUCGAGGAUUCGUUGAGGAGUAAGCAAAUACAGAUCGACGAUUUGCUUGUGAGACUGGACAAUGCCAGCGGAGAUUUGGACAGGCUGAGGGACGAGAAAGACCAAGAGAUUAUGAUUUUGCAGGAGGGUAUGGACAGCACGAUUCAACAGCUAUCAGAGACACGUCAGACCCAAGGUAUCAGUGAGGAAGCUACAAACGCCCAAAUCGAUACUCUCAUCCUUGACAAUCGUAAGAAGUUGAAUGAGAUCAUCGAUUCUAUUCUACAGGCAUGCGUCCAGAAAGUGGAUGAUGCUAUCUACGAGCUCGAGUCUCCCUCUCAAGCUGGAAACCCUAACUCAACCCCAGAAUAUACUUUGUCAAUGAUCGAGAAAGCCAUCAAUAACGCUACUGAUUUUGCGAUGGUCUUCAACCUUCAUCUUGGCGGAGAUGUCGGCGGCGAUCAUGUUGAUGUUAUCAAGGGUGCCAAUGAAUUCGCGCAGGUGUUAUCGGACGUGUUGAUCAACUCAAAAGGGAUCACCCGUCUGGCCGAUGACGAUGACAAGUCUGACAAGAUCGUCGCUGUUGCAAAGACAGCCGGUGACGUCGGUCUUCGCUUUUUCCUCAACCUCCAAUCAUAUAAACUCGACCUCCUACAACCAUCACAGAGGAAAGAUGUGUCGAUGCGUAACAACAGCGAAGUGCGGGGGGCACUCACCAAGCUAUCUGAAGUCGUCGAUGGCCUCGUUCCAAAAGGUACCAAGGGUGGUGCACUCGCACGAGCAAAUGGUAACAUUGGCGACAUCGUCGAGCAAGAAAUGUUGGGCGCUGCACAAGCCAUCGAAGCCGCUACUCAGCGUCUGCAGCAGCUCAUGUCUCGUCCCCGCGACUCAUCGAGAUUCAGCGCCAUCGAUUUACAAGUCCACGACUCUAUCUUGUCUGCGGCAAUGGCAAUCACAAAUGCCAUUGCUCGCCUCAUCCAAGCGGCUACUGAUUCGCAAAAGGAGAUUGUUGCUCAAGGGAAAGGCUCAAGUUCGGUCCAACAAUUCUAUAAACGGAACAACAGGUGGACAGAGGGUCUCAUCUCUGCAGCGAAAUCUGUUGCAUUUGCGACCAAUCUUCUUAUUGAAAGUGCCGACGGUGUCUUGUCAGGAACUCACUCGUUAGAACAGCUCAUCGUUGCUUCUAACGAAGUUGCCGGAGCUACAGCCCAACUAGUUGCUGCAUCUCGUGUCAAGGCAAACUUGAUGUCCAAGACGCAAGAGCGCCUAGAACUUGCUGCAAAAGCUGUCACCGAAGCAUGCAAAGCUUUGGUCAAACAUGUCAAGGCUCUUUCUUCCAAGCAAGUGGAUGAUGAUGUGGAUUACAAGAAUAUGGCGGUGAUGGAAUUCAAGAGGCGCGAGAUGGAACAGCAGGUUGAUAUUCUGAAGCUCGAAAAGGAAUUGGGCGCUGCAAGGCAUCGCCUUGGUGCAAUGAGACGAGCCGGUUAUCAUACUGACGAAACAGAUUAAAUUUGGGAGAUAUUACCAGACGUUUUGACUACCGUUUCAUGAAGUUUUAUGUUGAUGCAUUCGCAUGUAAUUUUUUUGUUUACAAUUUUGGAUUUCUUUCCUUUCAAGUUGCUUGUGAUUACUGCAGGGACUUUCAUCGUUAAGUGGAGCAUUCAGCGUUAAGUGGAGCAAUAAGGAGCAAAGGCGUUGUAAGAUUGGAGGGAGAGUAACACGGACAUGAGUAGUUACUAUUAAAACAAACACGAAGAAAGGAGCGUUUACGAUGCUCUACUGUGACUAUAAUACUAAGAUAUGAAUACUAAAAAACAUAUGAAUUAAAAGUGAGGUCAGUAAUGAAAACCUGCAGUAAGUAGCAAGUAUUAAGGGGUCAAUUAAUCUUCGUCGCCGAAAUCUCGAUUGGUGUCUAAAGAGUCCCGCCCAUCCAUGUCAAGGAAACUACUAUCUUGAGGUGAUGACGGUAUAUGGUCCGUUAUCUCAAGGAAAGAUGGCUUCCGGAUCAUAAACUUGUGGGGUGCUGUCGUUACCACCCCCACUGAACUCCUAACAAUAUUUUUGCGCGGAGGAGGCGAUAGUGGGACGAUGGGCACAUUACUAGAGCGAUUGUCGCCGUUCGCUCCCACAUUACUCCCGUUAGAAGCCUGCGGCCUGAGCCGAGGCCGCGGUGGUGGUGGAAGACCGAUAGCAGGAAACUGGGCGGAUUGAAUAGACAAGGAAGCGGAGCCGAAAGUGGGAGAUACCGGAGAAAACUCUGUGCUCCCCUGUGCAGUCGACGGCCUUAACGCAAGCCGUUGGGGAGGGGAUUGUCCUUUCAGAAUCAUGGAUGCACUGCGGGAAGGAGUUAUACGGGGCAAGGGGGGCAUGAGAGAAUCGAGGGCUUCCUUCUCCUGUGUCGUCAGCAUUGGCGUCGAAGAAGACGCAAAUGACUGUCCGCGUGAGCGAGUUCUUAAAGUAUCGCCAUAUUUGGUCUCGAAUUCGCUCUGAACGCUCGCCUCGACUUUAAGCAUCUCGGCAGGGGACAUUAUGUGCUGCGGAGUGUAUUCUACCGUCGACGUUGUGGGACUAGGGCAUCGCGCUUCGGAUAUUGUGUCGUCGUUUAUGGAAGGGGCAAAAGAGCUCAAGGAAGUGACUCCAUGUCCUACCUCGCUCUCUGUGGGCAAGCUAAAAACAGAUCGCAAGUCCUCGUCCGCGCUCACGCUUGCUGAGGGUCGUCGUACACUCGAUCCUGAAAAUAAACGUCUUCGUACUGUAAACGGAGGUGCCGUGGCACUCCCUCGCCGCUGCUGUUCUGCAAUAACAGGAGACUCAGCGGGUGAAAGGGGAGAAGCAGGCGUCGGAGUGCACGAAUUGGCAUGGCGAAGAGGAGGUACAGGAGGUGCAGGAAAUCGAGGUUGGUGGAACGACCGCUGCUUUCGCAUAACCGUCUCUUUACCCACUACCUUGAGUUGAUCCAACGGAGGAACAAGUGUAGGCGUACUGCCUCCAUAUGGAUUGCCCUUGGUGAGAGACUGAUGCGAGACUGCUUUUUUCAGAUUAUGAUGGAUCGAACUCGACAAUGCGGCUUUAGAGUGUGGUGCGAAGAUGUCGGCUAUUCGACCAUGAUCAGCCCCCUUAUGUGGUCUGCGUAUGGUCGCAAAGUCACGAUCUAACGCGAGUUGCCGAUCCUUCUUCGACUUGUGACGAGGGCUGUAGUACCCCUCGUCGUUAUCGUCGUCGUCACCUUCUUCACCAAAGUCUGGUACAGAAGACUUUGACGACGCAAAUGAUAUGCUUGACGACGAUGAUUCAGAAUCAGUAGUCCUUGCUGAAGACGGGUCCUGAUCAUCCGAUGCACCCUCUUUAGGAGGUGGAGGUAAAUCAUGAGCAGGUGGCGCAGAAGGCGGGAGAGUAACAACACGAGAAACGGAAGCCUGGCGACUGAGAGUGCGAGGGCGGGAAGUAGGCAGGGCGGGAGGGACGAAUGAUGCUGGAGCCGUACUCUGACGUGUAUUUUCAAUAGU